CUCCGCUCAGUUGCCGGAGAAGACCAGAUCAGCGAAGAUCGUAGACUAGAUCGAGUGUAAUUCGUGGAGAGACUUGCAGAGAAAAAGUGAAACUCGUAGUGAAAAAUGAAUUCAUUUAUAUUCGUUGCCUUUAUUGUGGCCAUGACAUUGCUGGAAGUUAGCCAGGCCCAGAGACCAGCUUUUUCCGGACUGCGCCCGCCCGGAGGCCUUAGCCAGAAGGAUAAAUACCAUGCUACGGCCAACACAGCCGUGGAGAACAUUACGGGCGUGGACAUAGCCACCCGAUUUGGCGAGGCCUCCAGCUCCCAACAACCGGCCGUCGUCAAUCUGGCUUUCGGAGCUGCCCAGCGGCCACCAAUGGGAGUUCCCCUCGUCCUGCCCUCCGACAGCUUCGUUCCCGACUCUGCACUCCAGCCAGCUGGUGCGCCUGCAGGAGUGGCCAACCGAUUUGGAGCCCCUGAUGCCACCGCCACAAUCCCCGCUGCCUCUGCUACCAGUCCCACUUUCAGUUCCUCGACCCCAACCGCCAGCUCCGUUCCAAGUGCCAGCAGUACUCCCACAUGGACGAACCUGCCCGUCGAUGCUCAUGGAGAUCGCGAGUGGGUUAACCAUCUUAGUCAGCUGCCCGUGGAAAGCCAGCCAUUCUGGUUCGUCAACUACCAGGCCAUUGAGGCGCACCGGAAUAGCUCCAGACCCAAUGUCGGAGCCACAGAGACUCGGGGAUCUUUUUUCCGCGGCUAAUAACUUGAGUGGUUAUUCUCGAAACUUUACGCUUAACUCUAGCUGAUUUUAUUGUAUAAAAGAUUAUUUAUUUAAUUCUCAAAAAAGUAUAAAAAGUUUAUUUUUGGACUUA